CCCACCUAAAACAAACAGCAGAACCUUUUUUUUCCUUCUCCUUCCUCUGCCUGACUUCCUCUGCCUGACUUCCUCUAUCCCUUCCAAGUUCCAACUUACCCAUUACUUACUUCAGCACCAGGUACAAGAGUUGUUUUCCAGUGAUGGGUGGUCCUCCCACAUUGGCAAUGGAUAACAAAAGCUCUCCCCAACUCUCACCAGAUGCAAUCAAGAAUUUGUAUACCUCUCAAGCGGAAACCCAAAAGCUUUUUGCCUCAGUCAGCAUGGAGAAAGAAAAACCCUUCGACUUUUUCCGUGUUUUAGUUGAUGGUGUCAUAGCAGGAGGUACUGCUGGUGUUGUUGUCGAAACAUCUUUGUAUCCAAUUGAUACAAUCAAGACUCGUCUACAGGCAGUACGUGGAGGAGGAAAGAUUGUUUUGAAGGGCCUUUAUAAUGGACUAGCUGGAAAUCUUGCUGGUGUCCUACCGGCAUCUGCCAUAUUUGUUGGUGUCUAUGAACUAACAAAGCAGAAACUGUUGAAGAUGUUUCCUGAAAAUCUGAGUGCUUUUGCUCAUUUGACUGCAGGAGCCAUUGGAGGGGCGGCAUCUUCUCUUGUUCGUGUACCAACAGAGGUUGUGAAAACAAGGAUGCAAACUGGACAAUUUGUUUCUGCUCCUAAUGCUGUUCGCCUUAUUGUUCGCAAGGAGGGUUUCAGAGGUCUAUAUGCGGGUUACAGCUCCUUCCUAUUAAGAGAUUUGCCAUUUGAUGCUAUGCAAUUUUGCAUCUAUGAGCAGAUUCGAAUAGGUUACAAGCUUGCCGCAAAGAGGGAUUUGAAUGAUGCAGAGAAUGCUGUUAUUGGUGCUUUUUCUGGAGCAAUAACUGGAGCUAUAACCACUCCACUCGACGUAAUUAAGACGAGAUUAAUGGUUCAGGGAUCCGCAAACCAGUAUAAAGGAAUUGUAGAUUGUGUUCAGACCAUAGUUAGAGAAGAAGGCGCUCCUGCCCUCUUGAAGGGUAUUGGGCCAAGAGUUCUUUGGAUAGGUAUUGGUGGUUCAAUUUUCUUUGGUGUUCUUGAGAGGACAAAGUUGUUACUUGCACAAAGGCGUGAUGGGAAACAAACCCCGGAAGAAUCCUUCAAAAAGGAUUGAUACGAAGCCCUUCCCAUGUUUCAAUUUUGCAGAAUCAUAGGGUGUUAUGGUUCUUUUCAUACCUUUUGUUGCCAUAGAUGAUAGUUAGGGUGUCAGGAAUUCGAUCAUGAUCUCAUGCAAAUUGUUGGGUUAGUAAUAGUUGUCUUAACUGAGUGAGAAAAAUUAGACUAUUGUAGUAUUCCGUCUUUUUUUUUUUUUUUUUUUUUUUUUUAUCUUAUGAUUUUAUUCUUUUUGUGCUUGGUAAGCCCAAUAUUUGACUGCACCAUUUGGAGAAAUACACAAGAUCAAGCAAAUUUCACUGUUGAAAUUCAAGUGGAUUUGGUAAA